AUGGGCUGGUUCUGGGCCGAGCCUGCCCCUCCGGCCGGCAUUCCUCAAGGGCACCCGGCCGUGCCAUUGAAUAAGGAGCCUCCGCCCGGAUGUCCCAUGCACCAAAAAGCUGCUGAUGCCUUCAACCCGCACAAAGCCAUUCCCGCCGAGAAGCCGUCCUCGUCGUCCGGCUGCCCAGAAGAGCCCAAGUCGAUCCUCUCCCAACUCAACCCCCUGAACUACAUGUUCCCCGAUUUGUCACAGAAGCCUGCGCCCUCGCAGUCGAUGGCACUGCCGACAGAGCGUGAGGAAUCCACCAUCCCCAAGGGAUCCGGCGACGGCACGUGGGAAUAUCCUUCUCCCCAGCAAAUGUACAACGCCUUGUUGCGCAAGGGCUACACCGAUACCGACAUCACAGCCGUGGAAUCCAUGGUCAAUGUCCACAACUUCUUGAACGAAGGCGCAUGGCAGGAGAUUAUCGGCUGGGAGGAGCGCUUCGCGCGUGGCUUAUACAGAGGAUGGCAGGUCUGUAAGCGAGGAGAGGCGCACUCGGCAGAGGAGCUGGAUCGCCACUGGGAUGGAGUGGAUGUCAGCCCAACCCUCAUCCGCUUCCAAGGACGACCUAAGGACCUCACUCCCAAGGCCACGAUGCUACAGGUCCUAGGCUGGAUCUACCCUUCCAAGUUUGGAACUGAACUUCCAUUCGAUCGCCAUGACUGGUUCGUCUCCCGAAAUGUCAACGGCGAAAAGAAGGAGAUCCGAUACGUCAUCGACUACUACUCUGGAGAGCCGGAGCCUACUGGUGAGCCCGUCUUCUACCUGGAUGUCCGUCCUGCAGCCACGCCUCUAGGAAGCGCCGAGCGCAUCAUCCGAUGGAGCACAGAUGUGUGGUGGAAGGCUAUUGGCGGUGACCAGCGAGAGCAGAACCCGCAGCCGUUUUUUCGCUAUAACGCCGUUAAGCCUUGGAGCUAA